UACCCUGGGUAGGCCUGCAUGGACAUCCCCAUCAGCAGCAGAGACUUCCGCUGCCUGCAGCUAGCCUGUGUGGCCCUCGGCCUGGUGGCUGGCAGCAUCAUCAUCGGUGUGUCCGUGUCCAAAGCUGCAGCCGCCGUGGGUGGCAUCUUUAUUGGCGCCGCCAGUCUGGGGUUCCUCAUCUUGGCCUACCCCUUUCUAAAGGCUCGGUUCAACCUGGACCACAUCCUGCCCACCAUAGGGAGCCUGAGAAUUCACCCCCACCCGGGGCCAGACCAUGGGGAGGGAAGAUCCAGCACCAAUGGCAAUAAAGAGGGAGCCCGAAGCAGCCUGUCCACUGUGAGCAGAACACUGGAGAAGCUGAAGCCAGGGGGCCGGGGAACUGCGGAGGGCUGAGGCAGGGCUGAGGGGUUACCCCCUACCCUCCCUCCCUCUCUGCCUGCUACCCUGAUCUCAGAGCCCUCCUGGGUCCGAACCAGAGGUGAACCAGGCCCUGGAGACACCAGACAUGCAUUCGCCUGAGCAAAGCUCUUGAAAAUGGAUCCCACGUGGCCGAGAGCAGGGCCUGAAGCAAAGGUGUCACUGGAGGUUCCACAGGGGACCCUUGUAUCAGGCUUUUGAUGUGGAUUUUCUCUCUGGACUGCAGCUCAGCAGGCUUCCCUUUUUGAUCUACUGACUGGUUUCUCUGGAAUUGGGGGCCAGAGGUACCUCAGGCCCUUGCUCCAGCCUGGCCACAGAAAUGAACCACAGGCUGACAGGAGCCACAGACAGGAUCCCCUCAGCCCCUAAGGCUUGGCCCUGGGUUUCUAGAGCUCACUGGCUAGAUAGAAGGGCUGGAACAGAUUCUUCCUGGAUAUCAAAAACUUUGGGCCACUCCUUAGGUACAGGCUUUCAGCAAUAGCAAACCAGACAGGAGCAUGUCCUAGACAAACAAAAUAGUCAUGCUGGGACAGGGGCCCAGGUAAGGCAGUGACCUAGAGGCUUCCAGGAGGAGGUGGCUCCUGAACUGAGUCCUGUCCUGAGACUCUUGUGUGUGACUCCACCAUCCAAGGCUUUUUGUGAUCUCACCCCAGACAAGACCUCCAGCCUUCCCUCUUGUCCCCUACCCUCUCACCGCUGCUGAACAAUCUCAAAUAUUCCAGCCUCCACGCUUUGUCUUGUGUUCUCCUGGAGGCCCCCCACUCCUCUCUGCCUAUCCAAAGCCCUCACCUUGAAAGGCACAGUUCCAAGGAUCCCCUUAACACAACACCCUCCCCAUCAUCUUCCUGCAGCCCGUGCCUCUCUCCCUCCACGGGGUCCAGGCAGGCUGAAGUCUCCUUUUUCAUAAAACAAUUAUUAAUCCUACUGAAACCUACUGUGCGUUGCCCUUUUCCAGUUACUGUCAGGGUACACAGUAGGUGCUCAAUAAAUGUUAGUGGCAUCAAUUUAACACAAAAACAAUUCCCCAAUCUUUCCCUGGAGAGUCACGUCAAGGCCCCAUGUAUCUUUGUGGUUUGGGGCAAGGAGGACCUGGCCCACGUGUGUGUGGCUAUGCAGAAAACAUUGUGCCUCCCUCCACACCACUCCUCACUCACCUACACCCUCAAGGUGGAGCAGGUGUUUGACCUCUACAGAGACAUCUGCUCCAUGUGGCCUCUGUUCAUGUUUGUGAGCAGAGGACAAGCUAGGAAGAGUCUCAUUCUUCAAGGACCAGUGCAGAUGACACCUCCUCUCAGAAGCCUCCCCUGACUGUGCUGUGCUCCCACAGCCCAUAUCAUUAUGAGUGGUCUUUGUCACCUUCCUCCUCUCAAGAGCAGGGGCCAGAGGACGUACCCAGCAGACGUUGCAAAACCAAACCAAAAGUGGGAGAGGCCACUUCAUUGUACCGAUGGGAAAGCUGAGGCCCUCCAGAAAAAAGGACUCAUCGAGUCCCACGAUGAGAGGUUGUGCAACCAGGCCUUAUAGUCAGGGCUCCUCUCUCCCCACCCAAAGCUCUACCCUCUGCUGUCCUUGGCACAGAGACCAGCUCCCUGACCAGAGUGGGACAGACCUCCACUCAUAAAUGCUGGCCAGUUGUGGAGCCUGUGGUUCCUCCAGCCUGAGGGAAGUCCCCCUCCUUCUAUUUCCCUCCCCUCCACCUCCCUCUUGCCUGAUCACUUACCCUUCUCCACUCCCUCAACGUCAUUAUCAUCAACAUAACUUGGGCCCAGUAGCCCCUCCUUGCUCAAUAAGGAAACCUUCCUCCUGCCCAUCUUUAAUCCUUACCUGAAGCACCCCGAAAGAUGCCCAUGGGUGGAAGGGGUGGGAAGGGGGGAAGUGGAACCUGGGCUGUGGGGAGGGUGGUAGCCCUUGGCCCACCACCAACGCUUCCCCAACACGAUCUCCCCAAGGCAGGGCUAUUGUAUCUUCAAUGCCUGGCAGAGCCCGGCACAGAGUGGUGUGGGGAUCAGAGCAGAAUAAAGUAAGGAAUGAACACAUAAAAAGGCAAGGGCUAUGUCCACUGGGGAAGAACUAGGCAGAGGUCCAAAGGACCCUUGAAACUGUGGGAGUCUUCAGGGCCUGAAACCCCGAGACCGCCUGUCCCCCAGUCUAAGUGAAUGUCCAGAUACAUCCUCCCAAGUGCAUACUGCACCCCAAUGCCCCCACCCUCUCAGCCUGGUCACGGGAGUGGUCUGUGUGGAGCUCAUGCCUUCUCCCCCUUUGGAAGGUGAGUUUGGGCCAAGUAGGCAGGGUGGUGUGGUGGGUGGUGUUAGGGAGGAAGUGCCCUCUCACCUCUGAGCAGCUCCAGAACCCUCCAGUAUUUCAGUGGGAGUUGAUUGGGCAUGGACAGGUCAUUGGACCGAGCUCUUCCAGUGGUCUGUUCAAUAAAUGAAAUCAGUUCUGUCUGACAACCCUCAA